AUGUUUAUUGUGUUUUUGCUGGUUUGGCUAAUCUUUGUUAUAAGACGGAGAUUGGAGUUUUUGAUGGUUAAUAAGCAAGAUGGGGAAUUUGCGGGGAUGAAAAAUCUUUGCGAGAGCGAUGAGCAACGGGUAGCGAGUACCGUAAAUGUGCAACAAGCACUUCGUGCGACCAAAUUAGAGUUUUUGAAAGCUAGAUUGCCACCGGCUCUUUUAGGUCUGAUUUUGUACCUAAUGGAUGCUUUGACUAUUGGGGAGAAGGGUUUAGUUUAUCCAGGAGAUAGUUCUUCUGUUUUACCACGUUUAAGUACUUUGCUUUUUAUCUUGGGCAGUUGUGUAUCCCAACUGGUUUUCUUUUGUUUCUCGUCCUUUUCGAUUGGAUUGAUUGCUUCUUCUAUCUCUGAGAGUUUUGUGGCCUUUCAAGGCAUAUCUAAAGAUCUUUAUGAUACGGGUUUAAGAGAGGCUAGUCAUUUUUCUACUUUGAUGGCUUGUAUUAUGAUUAGUACUUGGUUAACGGCUAUUGGUUUUGGUAUUCUUUAUUGGGUUGGGGCGGAGAGUUUAAUGCGCCGAUUGCCCUGUGAAAUUGGUAUUUCUUUGUACUUUGUGAUUGGUUGUUUUUGUUGUCGUUUUGGGAAUGACGUGGCUAAUUUAGUAUUUGCUGGCCGCUGGAUGUACUUGCUGGGGUAUAAUGUGUUUGCGAUUGGAUUAUGGGCUGCUGGCCGGUUCUUAGCGCAACGAGUACCUAGUUUAGGCCGGUAUAUUUACUUGCUCUCUUUAUUAGUACUAGUGCCUUUGGGGUACUUGGGAAUGUGGCUGGUAGGUGGAGGUUUGAGUUAUUAUCGGGAUAUUGGGUUUUUACCAGAACUACCUAAGGAUGGAGCUCUGAGUAGCCAUUGGGUAAGUAAUAGUUCUUUUAGGUUGAUCGAUCUGUCCGUUCUUCUUAAGCAACUACCAUCUUUACUGGCUAUUGCUGGUCUUAAUCUGUUGCAUUUUUCAGUUAAUAUUCCGGCUAUUCAGAGUAGUACGGAUACGCGAUGUUCUAUUAAGAAGGAAUUACGAGCGAAUGCAUUUUCUAAUAUUAUAACUGGAGUGUGUGGUGGGUAUCCUUCUUAUGUGGUUUCUUCUUCUACUAUUGCUAUUAAUACUCCCGAUCGGUCCCGUAAGAUUGAUAUGAUUAUUGUGGCUGUUUUGUUUCCGGUUGUGUUCUUUGCUUCUAGUUCAGGCUUGCUUUAUGUGCCCAGGAUGUGUUUUGAUCUCUUAUUAAUGCUAAUUGGCUUGGAUAUCUUAUGGGGUUCAGCUCAGGAGAUCAAACAAGCUGGCUGGUUCUGUGCGGUUUUAACUCUUGGGGUAGCUCUGAUUUCUCUUUGGACUGAGAAGUUACAACUAGGGAUGGCCUUUGCCCUUCUAGGUGUAUCUAGUCGUUGGGUUUAUUUAAAGGCCUCGCCCAAGCGCCCAGAUACCGGUCAAGAAGACACCUUAACUAUCACCACUAUUCCCCUCUAA